AUGUCAUGUGCGGCUGACAGGAAUACACGUUUCACAGAGAGGUUCGAAUUCCAAAGAAGGAAAUGGAAAUCAAUCUCAAAUGCGGUUCUCGUCGGUAUCAAAUUGUGGCAGAGUGAGCAUCUUGCAGGAGGCUGUGAAGUGUGGAUGGAGCUCAGCCAGAACUCUUCGACUCCGGAAAUGCAUCAUUUCUGGAUGUGUGGCGAUGUCAAGCCAUAA